GAAGAAGUCUAGCUGUUACAGCCCUUCACACAACUAUAAAAGUAGGAAUGCUAAGCCAUACUUUAUGCAGACCUUCAGAACCAAGGUUUGCUAAUUUAAGUCAGCAGAAGAUGAGUCAUCUGGAAAAAGACUAUAAACAUUUGUCCCCUAGGAAUCCUAUUGAAGCUCUCAGACAUUGGCAAUCUCCUUAUCACAGUGAUUUAAGCUGCCCAAUCUGCCUCCAAACAGCUACAUUCCCAGUAGAAACCAAUUGUGGACAUUUAUUUUGUGGUUCCUGUCUAAUUACAUACUGGAAACAUGGUUCCUGGUUAGGAGCAAUAAACUGUCCUCUCUGCAGACAAAAAGUGAUUCUUCUGUACAAUGCCUCUUGUGAAAAUCAACAAGAUAAGCCAAGCAAACGGAUUGUACGUGACAUCAGAGAUUACAACAAGCGUUUCUCUGGCCAACCUCGACCUUUUGCAGAUUACCUUUAUGACAUGCCGCUACUCCUAAAUCUUGCCUUAAGAGGAAUCUUCACCCUGGGCAGUCUCGUAUGGAUCUUCUUCCUAAGAAUUGUUGUUUGCUCCUUUGGGACCAUCAUGUGCUUAACUUCCCGAUUUGACGUGAUGCGUGAACCUCUUUGUGGAAUCCUUGCAGCAGUCGAUGACCUAGUUGUCGUUUUCCUCCUUUUAAUUUGCAUGUUUAACAUUUGCCAGCAAAUGGAAUCAGAAGAUAUAAAUAUGGCAAGUUCUACAACUCAGACCAUGCUGUCAGAAUCCUGAUAGACUCAAACUUCUACUUCUUCAUGAGCCUUCAUCAGACUGUGUCAGGCUUCUCCCUGACUCCGGGGGCAGCAUGCGAUGGACUGAUCUUUUGAAGAACGUUUCUAAGAAGAUUCUAACGUUGACCUAUAGUGGAGUAAGACUCAGUACACUUGCCAUGGCCAAGUGAUUGAUUUGUGCAAAUGCUCACAAGCCUAGGUUAUUAAUACAGCUAUGUAUUUACUAGGUUCCUGCAUGGUGAAGCAGCCUUUUAUGUGACUUCCCUUAACAUACAAGACCUGAAAUGACAGUGUCUGGGAGCUACGUGUAACGCACACACCUCCUGGGUGUGGUGCUCUGUUCCAUGCAGUGGCACCAAGACUACUUAGAGAGAGAUUAAUGAGUCUGUUCUACAUCCUUCGCUAAGAGCCAUAUGGCUUUUAGCUCAUGCACUAAACUCCAGAGGUCUGAGGUUUGAUCCCGCCCACCGACAACUGGGGUCUGCUGGCGUUACAUACGCACAAGGUCUAAAAUUACAAAGCCAGUCACUUUAUACCUGAACAUUUUUUAGGAAACCACUUUACAUCUAACUAGUUGCAUCUCAGUUCUGGUUUACUAUACUGUAAUCUCGAGACCCUACAUAGUCUUAUUACUGUAGAACUUUCUAAGACACCACGCGUGUGGCAUGGGGAAUAAAAUGCCAACUACGUGGUUCCUCUAAGCGGUCGUCUGUAGGUGCUUUGUGCCACCAACAUUUAUUAUGAUAAGCUCAUCCAUCGGAUUACAAACUCUCUCAGGUAUCUGUUUAACAAUUGUAAUCUUGAUAUUAAACAGACAAUAUGAAUAUGUUCAUAGUAUUAGCUUGAGUCAAAAUACAAACUGACAUAAAAGAACUCUAGGGAGAGUGAAAUAAAAAGGGAUUAAAAGGGAUUGAAAGGAUUAUGCAAGGAAUCUGAACAAAUCUUUAUCCAACUCUCAAAUAUAUGAACACAAGGUACAUUUUUAGCAGCUUCCUUAAGCUCUGUGCAUUUGAGUUUUAACGAAGUCAGCAUUGUUAUUCGUUUCCUGUAAACUUUGUAUGCUCCCUGUAGUUUCCUUGUAAGUCCCUGUACUAGGUCAGCAAAAAACAUCAAGGCCAAAUUUAUGAUGAUAUAGUAGGAAGCCCAUGACAGUCUUGUGGGUUUGUUUUUGUUUUUCUUGCAAGUAGUUAAAAUUAUUGGGACACUGCAAGAAAACACUGCACUCUGUCCAUAGAUAAUCUGUGAUAUGGAUUGAAAAUAACACAACUACUCUUCACAUGUUACACGUGUGUGUGUGUAUAUGAAUAUUUAUUGUUUACAAUAUACUGGUCUCUAACAGUCAUGUUUGUUGGAUUUUUUGGGUGACAUUUUCAAUUGACAUAACUUAUCAUCCUCUUGAAGUUCAUCCUAUGCUAUACCAAUACUGAACCCCACUUUUCCCUGUUAUUUACUGUGUUAUGUCCCCCCCACUUUAUACCUUUCAGCUGUCAUUGGUUUUAAUUAUGAACUCAGAAAGCAUAGAUAGAGAACUCUUUCCUCAUACUAAGUACUAUGGAGAGGCCAGCACCUGCUUUUCCAUGAGCUGCAAGGCAGGAAAUAUAUUCUUUUCUUUUUUAAAAAAGAGUUGCCAGAUGUUUUUGAGCACUGACUACUAACAUUAAUUUUUUUUCAGAACCUGGCUGUUAUUUUUAAGGUACUCGGAGUAUAAUUUUGUCAUCAGGUGACUCCUGUUUGCAUAUACUAAAGAAUGGAAUUUCCAUUAAGCCCAGUGAAUAAAGUUGGGGUCACAUUUCAUAUAAAUGUACUAUAGUUAUUGCUGUUGUAUAGUAAGUGCUCAGUGUGAGUGGCCAAAGAAUAGGCUGGGAGUCUAGGAGUUAAAAAUGUUGUCACUGGUGAUCUAGAAUAGAGUCACAAUUAGUUUGCAUGGUCGGCUGUGUGCUAAGAUACUUCUGUCUCUAACUCCACCUUUGUUCCCCUUUCAUGGUGAAUGCUGUCUCCUUUUGCUUUUUCAACAGAGUUAAAACCCUAACUUGCUGGGCACUGCUGUUCAAACAAUAACAAAUACACAAAUCAUGGAUAAGUAACAGAAUGUGUCUCCUAUGAAACUCUUAGUGAAGUCACUGGGGUUGCUCAGAUUCUUGCAGGACUGGACCCUCAUAUCUCACAAGGGAGCCCUGUUUCUCUUUGGUUUGCAAUACACAGCAUGGGAAGUCUUUUGUGCAGACACAAACGCAGGACUGUGCCUCUCCUGCACUUACGAUAUGUCGGGGCUCCAUGCUCAACACUCUCAGUUUCAUGUCUAUUCUGUCACCAGACACAGACCCUGUCUAUGAUGCGAGGAUGGGUACGGAUUCAUAUGAACAGCUUUACUGGUGGCUAUAUGAGAAGCAGCCAGCAGGAUGUUUUAUUAGCAUCCGUGAGUCAUGGAAAGGUACCUGCAUUAUAAACAUGCUUAAAAAAAAUCGCUUCGGCACAAUCUGAUCUUUAAAUAUUAAUGGCUGGCUGUUUUUCCAUCUUCAAAAUGAUUGGUGCACUUUAAGGACGAAUCACGUGCCAUAGACAAAAUGGAUUGAGUUAUCUGACAGCCAAGUGUCUGACACUGCAAGGAGGGGGAAAUCACCCAAAUAAAAAGCAAUGCCCAUCACACUUUUUCCCCUUGAAAUUACUUUUGAAAUUUGUGGUGUGUCAGAGAAAAAAAACCAAACACAAAUUCCAGGUCACAAGCAUGUCUCAAAAAUAUCAGCACCCAGACAGAAAUGAUAUCAUCAAAUUUUACACUCUGGACAGUAGGAGUUUGACAUUGAAUUUUCAUGGUAAUCUUAACUGUAUCAGGGGAGUGGUGCUAGAAUUAAACCGAGCAGUAGACCUGCUUUGCUAGUCAUCUUAUGAAACAGUACAGCAGAAUCCAUGUUAAAAAUGCAACAGCCUUUCUAGCCUAGCCACUAGUGGUU